UCAGCUUACAUGAUGAUUGAAGAUAACAAAGAAAAUGAAGACCAUGCAUCUGAAAGAGGAAGGACAGCCAUCAUUUUUUCCUUGAAGAAUGAAGUUGGAGGACUUGUAAAAGCAUUAAAACUCUUUCAGGAGAAGCAUGUAAAUCUGGUACACAUUGAGUCACGGAAGUCCAAGAGACGAAAUUCUGAGUUCGAGAUCUUCGUGGACUGUGACAGUAACAGGGAACAACUGAACGAGAUUUUCCAGCUCCUGAAAUCCCACGUCAACGUCGUCUCUGUGAGCCCAACAGAGCAUUUCAAUCUCCAGGGAGAUGGCAUGGAGAACGUUCCCUGGUUUCCAAAGAAGAUCUCAGAUUUGGAUAAGUGUGCAAACCGGGUGCUGAUGUACGGCUCUGACUUGGAUGCCGACCAUCCCGGUUUCAAAGACAACGUUUAUCGCAAGAGGCGAAAGUAUUUUGCAGACCUGGCUAUGAACUACAAACAUGGUGACCCAAUUCCCAAGAUUGAAUUCACUGAGGAGGAGAUCAAGACUUGGGGGACUGUGUACCGAGAGCUUAACAAUCUUUACCCAACUUAUGCCUGCAGAGAGUACCUGAAAAACCUGCCCUUGCUCACCAAACACUGUGGGUACAGGGAAGACAAUAUCCCCCAGCUGGAAGAUGUGUCCCGCUUCCUGAAAGAGCGCACAGGCUUCACCAUUCGCCCCGUGGCUGGAUAUCUGUCACCCAGAGACUUCUUGGCAGGAUUGGCAUUCCGAGUUUUUCACUGCACUCAAUAUGUCAGGCACAGCUCGGACCCUCUCUAUACACCAGAGCCUGAUACUUGCCAUGAACUCCUAGGCCAUGUCCCUCUUUUGGCUGAACCCAGUUUUGCUCAGUUCUCCCAGGAAAUUGGUCUUGCAUCACUUGGGGCAUCAGAUGAGGCUGUCCAAAAACUGGCAACAUGCUACUUCUUCACGGUAGAGUUUGGCUUGUGCAAGCAAGAGGGGCAGCUACGAGUUUAUGGGGCUGGCUUGCUCUCUUCCAUUAGUGAGCUCAAGCACGCACUCUCUGACAGCGCCAAAGUCAAACCUUUUGAUCCAAAGGUCACCUGCAAGCAAGAAUGUGUCAUUACAACUUUCCAGGAGGUUUACUAUGUUUCUGAAAGUUUUGAAGAAGCAAAGGAAAAGAUGAGAGAGUUUGCAAAAACCAUCAAGCGCCCCUUUGGGGUGAAGUACAACCCCUACACUCAGAGUGUGCAGGUCCUGAAGGACACGAAGAGCAUCGCCAGCGUGGUGAAUGAGCUGCGCCACGAGCUGGACAUUGUCAGUGAUGCCCUCAGCAAGAUGGGCAAGCAGCUGGAAGUGUAACACCCUGCCAGCCCUGGGCUGCAAGCCAGUUCUUCCCUUUUCCCCACUGAUUUCUUUCUAGGCAUAUCAUGUGUUGCAUGCAGAUCUCACUCCUUUGCACAUGGAAGAGUGAAUGGCCCAUAAGAAUAUAACAAUUUUAUCUUGUUGCUCUCUGUAAAUUUCCUCACAUAAAUGCAUUCCUCCAUCCCCCUUAGGUAAAAAAAGGUUGAGUUGCCUUUUAGAAGCUUGUAGGGGAAUGGAGAAAAUGUUAGACGGGAGAAAAAGUGUGGUCUGUGGAUGAGGGCUGGGAUCAGAUGCUGCAGGAAGUGGUUUAUGAGGCAAAAAUGGAGAAAUUCACCCUAGGGAGAAUUCAAUUUCUGACUCCAGCAGUCUACGCUACUGACUGUAUAGUGCUGAAGACUUCACAGUGUAGAAGCUGUGGUAAUUCAGUGUUUCAAAGCCUGUGCUAC